AUGAACUUCACAACAGGAAUUGUCACCGUCCAACAUCUUCUGUUUGAGGAGAUCCGUGCCGUGGCUGAGGUGGAGGAGAGUGUAGCCGUGGGUUGGAUAGUCUGGCAAGCCCGAGCUCGCAGCGCUCUCUCCCUCACGUUUGAGGAGAUCCGUGCCGUGGCUGAGGUAGAGGAGAGUGUAGCCUUGGGUUGGAUAGUCUGGCAAGCCCGAGCUCGCAGCGCUCUCUCCCUCACGUAUGAUAUAGAGGAUGGCAACUCCGAUAGGCACUUCACCAUCAACCCUACUACAGGAGUUGUCUCAACCCAACACCCCCUGGACUACGAGACUAGGCCAAGCUACAAUCUCACUGUGUCUGCUACAAACAUGGCCGGAGUGAGAGCGGAGAUCGGUCUGGUGGUGGACGUAGUGGACUGCAACGACAACUCCCCUCGGUUUCUAGAGACCGAAUACCGAGGCAGAAUAUCCGAGGACGCCACUCCAGGUUCUCUGGUCCUCACGGAUUCUCGGAGCCCUCUCGUGGUGAAAGCCGAGGACGCGGACUCUGCUAUCCUCCAGUACGACAUCGUGGAGUCCGUCCCUAGGAGGAUCUUCUACAUAGAUCCAUCCACAGGAGCAAUCCGCACCCAAGGCCAGUUGGACUAUGAGGAGACCCAGUCCGUGACGUUUCACGUCCAGGUCCGGGACACAGGAUCUCCCCAACUGUCCGGUCGGGACCUCGCCAAGGUCUGGGUUCAGGUCACGGACGUCAACGAUUGUCCGCCACACUUCUCCCAGACAGAGUACAAUACUACAGUCCUGCUGCCCACUUUCAACAAUGUCUCUAUUGCCCAGGUACAAGCGAGUGACUGCGACUCCCCGAAUAUAACGAAGCUGGAAUACUCCAUAGUGACCGGAAACUACGAGAAUGUCUACGCGAUGUCCGGCGACUCUGGCCUGAUCUCUCUGAAGAACAAGUCUCGAGGCAUUCACAAGUCUCCUCACCGCCUCAAAGUUGCCGUAUCUGACGGUCCCCACACGGCAUUUGCGUUUGUUAACAUAAAGUGGGAGUGGAGCUCCGAGUCGACACUCAAGUUCCAGCAGGACGUGUACGAAGCGGCUAUAGUCGAGAACUCCACCAAGAUUGUAACAGUGGCUGUGGUGUCAGUGGUGGGGGCAGAGUUGAACGAGCACGUGGUCUUCUCCCUGCUCAACCCCUCACCACUGUUCCACAUCGGCCCCACGUCGGGCGCCAUUCAGACCACCGGGCUACGCUUCGACCGUGAGCACCAGGACCACUUUCAGCUCAUCGUUCAGGGUCGCAGCACGACAGCUGGUGCAGAAGUGCGGGUGGCUCAGACCCUUGUGAACAUCAGUGUGCUGGACAUCAACGACAACUGCCCUCUGUUCGUGGGGUUGCCGUACUAUGGGACUGUGCCUGUGGAUGCGGCCAAGGGCGAUGUCAUCACUAAGGUACACGCCAUCGACCUGGACUCCGGGGAGAACGGGGAGGUGAGGUACGAGCUGAUGCGAGGCCAUGGUGAGCUGUUCCGCGUCCACCGCAAGACCGGAGAGGUCAUACUCAAGCAGCCCCUAGAGUCUCAGGUCCGAGAGUACCAGCUCAGCAUCGCUGCCUACGAUGGAGGUUAUACCCGUCUACUCUGCUCUAAUUUUGGUCCCAGCCUCCAAAGGGGGAUUACCGUCUCUGGCUACCCGGCUCCAGUUUCUGGUCGCCCCGACGGUUGGCUCUACCUUCCCCCCUCCCCUGGACCGGAGGCGGUUGGGCCCCACACCUGGGGCGGUGGCGCAGUCCCCGGCCCCCCCAGCUUGCCACCCUUACACCAUUACCGCGCGUCUCGAUUGAAAGAGAUUGGAGGGGAAAGGGAGCGAGGUCUGCUACUAGAAGCCUCGGACUUGGACUCAGAUUUAGUGCUCAAGUUCUACAUCUCUGGCGGGGAUCCAGAUCUGCAGUUCGCCAUGGAUGAAGCUUCCCCCGGGGUGAUGACCUGA